UUUCGUUUUAGUACUGACUUAGACUGCUGUAAGUGGUGGUCGUUUGCCCAACCGGUGCCGAAGUGGAGAACAAACGUGAUUGCAGUAAUCCCUCGCGUGACAAGACAGAAAAGUCAACUACAGUUGCCUUCACAUCCGCGUCUUUGCAGAAGAAUCCACUAGUGCUUGAUCGCCAUCGCAAGCCAAUCCGCUAGGUCCACCACCUACAUCUCGUGUGUAACCGGAUGCCCAGAGUGGGCCCAACCGCCGUGGACGCCUGCUUUGUGCUCUUCUUCACGAUUUCGGAUUUCCGAGUCAUUAAAAAAAGCCUUAAGGUGUACAGCCUCCUGGAUUAUCGAGGCCAGUGACUAUUCCCCCAAUUAUUCCCACUGGCUCUCUCCAAUCAGAGAGUCCUCGUGGGCCAAGUUUUUGAAAAGGCGCGCUUUUCGCGCCAAAGUCAUCAGUGCCGCGAAGUGCAUGCUAGGAGGGGGUGCGUGAUAAUAUGAGCCAUCGGGGCCCGUUUUUCUUGUGCGGUUUCGCCACCCGGGAGUAAGACAGAGCGAGUGUUUUUUGUGCUUUGAUGAUAUUCAAGUGCGGAGGAGUGAAAGUGCGGACCCUGUGCCGAAGUAAGUCCAUUUUUGGGCCCUGGAUUACGCGGUGAUUGUAGAAUAGAGAAAUUGCAUUGAGGAAAGUUGAAGGAGGAAGAGAGGAGAUAAGUGUGUAUUUUUGUUAAAAAUAGUAAUACCGCGCGUCUCGGGGCAGAUGCAUGACGGAUCAUGACCGCUGCGUCCGGCCCUACAGGGAUCCUAGCGGGACGCCCUUCUGAUUGUCAGAGCCAGUUGCAAAAUGGCACGGCUACCAAGGCCUCCAAAGACAACAAGAAGGUUGCCGUCCUCAAAAAAGGAUGGAGCAAGGAAAAAGAGGACCUUGUCACCAGGACCAGCGUUAUUGAUGCCAAAGUCGCAAUGGAUCAGAUUAACAAGGGCAAGGCGCAAGGAGAGAAAUGGAAGAUGAAAUGCCGGGACUCCUUCCAAAGAAAGUUAUACAAGUUGGGACGCUGCGAAUACAAACACGUGAACAUAUUUCUCAUAGUGGUGUUUGUAGCGCUUUCAAGUUUCGGUCUGGCAUUGAAGUCCAGGAAGUUCCACCAUAAAGUGGAGGAACUUUGGAUACCAAUGGGCGGCAGAUUGGAAGAGGAAAUUUUAAAUACGACCAAGCAUCUUGGAGAAGCAACGAUGUCGACGCACCAGCUGCUCAUCCAAACACCUACGGUUCCAGGGGAGAAUAUUUUACAAUCGACGGCCCUGCUAGAGCAUUUGGAGGUUCUCAAACUUGCGAUGAAGGUUACGGUCGAGGUAGAUGCAAAAACGUGGACGUUGAGUGACCUUUGUUAUAAAGCACCCCCGCCUAUUGUUGAAGACUUCUUGAGCGAAAAAAUUUUCGACAGUAUUAUACCAUGUACGAUAAUUACGCCUCUGGAUUGUUUCUGGGAAGGAAGUAAACUCCUGGGACCUAAUGAAAAAAUUUCAAUAGGAAUCAAGCAUUUGCCCAUUCCACCUUGGAGCCAUUUGAACCCGGGCGUCUUUCUCUCGAAAGUCAAGAAGGAGUUCCCUAAUUUCAACUUCAACGAUGUCGAGAAGUUCAUGAAAAGAGCUGGAGUAACUUCCGGAUAUCAGGAGAAGCCCUGUUUAAAUCCAAAGGAUCCUGACUGUCCAGUAACUGCACCUAACUACCAAUCAAAGAUGCAGCCAGACAUCGGUGCAGACUUGACAGGCGGUUGUUAUGGCUUUGCCGAGAAUCUUCUCCACUGGCCGGAGGAACUGAUAGUUGGGGGUGCCAGUCGUAAUAAAACUGGCCACAUCACCAGGGCAGAUGCGGUACAGUCGGUGGUUCAGCUGAUGAGUGAGAAAGAACUUGAGGAAUUUUGGAAAGACCGGCCAGAAGUGAAGCGCAUGGCAGAAAAUUGGAACAAGACGACAGCUGGUGUCAUCCUGAAGGCCUGGCAGAGUGCAUUCAGUAAGAAAGUCCAGGAGCCGUUUAAGCUGGACAUGAAACAAGAGUACAACUUCCUCGCUUUCAGCACAAUUACGCUGAACGACAUCCUGGAAAAGUACACCGAAGUGUCAUUCAUAGGCGUUGCCAUCAGUCGUGCAAUGAUAUUGCUUUACGUCGGAUUGGUACUCUACAACCGCAAGGAUGCUGUCCGUUCGCAGACAACAGUUGGAGUUGCCGGCGUGCUGCUCGCCUUUGUCGCGGAAUUUUCAGCAGUUGGGAUGUGUGCCAUUACCCAGACGCCAUUCAACGUCGUCAUCACCCAGACAGUACCUUUCGUCAACAUAGUACUCACCGUUUCCGACAUCUUCCUCGUCACCCACUCCUACAGUGAUCUCUCAAUGACUGGGAUGCCUGGCCGAGAGCAGUUGGGCAUGAUCCUCAAGCGAAUAGGACCUCAAGUCUUUCUAACUCGGCUCUGCUCGAGUGCGGCCUUCUUCUCCUCCUGGCUGAUCCCGAUUCCAGCCCUCCGCGAAUUCGCCCAGCACGCAGGAAUGCUCAAUCUCCUUGGCCUCGCAGUCACCCUCCUCAUCUUCCCACUCCUGAUCAGCCUCGACCUCAAGCGACGACAUUCUCGCCGUCACGAUAUAUUUUGCUGCUGUGCCGCGGAAGUUGAGAGCGCAAGAACAUUCCACAAUAGUCAGGCCUGCAGUGGCAAGGCCAAGCAAGCGGUGACGAGGGCAAUGCCGCCGGACAGGGUGGAAACUUGCACGCAGAUCCUGACGACGCAAGACGAUCAGAAUGAAUUCUGGGUGGGUGGGAAUGUAAUUGGCGAUGCGGACGAGUCGACGGAAGCCGACACCUUGACUGGAUGCUCCCAGGACGACUGUCUCAGCUUCUCAUUGUCUUACUGGGUCAAGAAUUACUAUGCGCCCUUCAUCACAAAACGCUGGAUCAAAAUGGUAGCAAUGUCCUUCCUCGGGAUGAUUGUUGUCGUCUGUGUCUGGCAGGCGAUGCAAGUGAAGAAUGGCCUCGAGCUCACCGAUAUUGUUCCCCAGAACUCGGACGAGCACGCUUUUCUCACCGCUCAGUCGAAUCAUUUCGGCUUCUACAAUAUGUUCGCGGUAACGGGAGAAUUCAACUAUGCCGCCAAGCAGGAUGAGUUGCAUGAUUACUACAAGAAGCUCUCGCAAGUGAAGAAUGUGAUUAGUUCGAGCAGCGGUGGCAGUCAGUCGAAUUUUUGGCUGAUUCUUUUCACCAAUUGGCUCAAGGAUUUGCAGACGACGUUUGACAAGGAGAAAGCCCAGGGGAAACUUGACACGGAAUGCUGGUAUGGUAACGCGAGUGAUGACGCGAUUCUCGCUUACAAGCUGAUUGUGCAGACGGGCGAUCCGCAGGAUCCGAUUGACAAGCGACGGGUGGAUUAUGCGAAACUGGUGGUUGGCGAUCGAAUUAAUAAGCAGGGAUUUUAUUUUUAUCUCAGUGCCUGGGUGGGGAAUGAUGCUCUUGCUUAUGAGGUCUCGCAAGCCAACAUCAGACCCAAGCCCAAUCCGUGGUCCUUCAGUACGGACACGGAACUGAAGAUACCGAAAAGCGGGAACAUCAAGUAUGCGCAGAUUCCGUUUGACCUGCACAAACUGACGAACACGGAGAAAAUUACGGAGAUGAUUUUCAGGGUGCGCCAGAUCUGCCAGCAUUACACGCAACUUGGAAUUCCAAAUUUCCCCUGGGGUAUUCCAUUCCAGUUUUGGGACCAGUAUAUGGACUUGAGGACUUAUUUGGCGUACGCUUUGGGAGCUGCAGGCCUAUCGAUUGCAAUCAUUAUCUCGAUUCUUCUGAUGAAUUUUCGAGCUGUUUUGCUUGUGCUUUUUUAUCUUGCCGGAAUUGUUCUUCAACUACUUGGAAUCAUGGGAUUUUGCAACAUCAAUCUCAGCGCUGUUCCGGCAGUUUUGCUCGUUGUGAGUGUGGGGAUUUCGGUGCCGUUUUCUGUUCACUUUUGUCUGAGUUUCGUAACAAGUAUCGGAAGCAGAGACCGAAGAACAAGACUAGCUCUGGAACAUACCUUCGCACCAGUGAUGCACGGAGGCGUGAUAACUCUUCUCUCAGUGAUGAUGUUGGCCUUUUCCGAGUUUGAUUUUGUCGUGCGCUACUUUUUCCUGCUUCUCUUCUCCGCCGUAGUCGUGGGCUUGAUAAACGGCUUAUUCUUCUUUCCGAUUCUGCUCUCGCUGAUCGGGCCCGCAGCCGAGAUUAUCUCUAACGAGCAUCCCGACCGGAUAUCAACACCAACACCUCCAGCCUCGCCAGUCGUUAGACGGCUGAAAGCUCCGGCGCUUUCAAGGCGACCUCACAAGUCCGAGAGUGCCCGGGUCCACAAUGAGCCAUCACCCUCGCCUUCACUCUCGACGAUCACGGAAGAGCCGAGCUCGUGGCACAGCACCCAGGAAUCCUGCAACAUCAUUGUCCAGCCCGAAGUCAAGGUUGAGACAACCUCGACGACUUGCAGCAAUCAGAACUGUAGCGGAUCUGACCAGAACGGAUCUAGCCAUACGUCUUCUGCGUCACCCAUGUCUCACAUCACGACGAAAAUCACAGCUACUGCCAACAUCAAGGUCGAACUACAUACCAUAGGUGGAAUGGAUCGUCGGAACAAGUGUCGACACGGAGGUUCCGGGCGAAGAAGUGCGCGCUUCAGUACGAACGUUAAUUCGACGGAGUCUUCCAGCUCAAGUUCUGAGCAGGAUUCAGACCCUAGCUCGAGCAAGCACUAAGAAUAUGUUCCGGGACGACCAGCAGCUACUGCUCAAGUACCACGCAAAGCGGGAACACACAGAAGGCUGACUAGGUUAGAUUUAUAAUAUUUUUUAAGUAAUUCGACGUACUUUGCUUGUCUUACUUGAUAAAUGCAAAACAAAAGUAUUAUUAAAAGGGAAGCUGCUCGCUUUCUUGCGUCUCCAAUAGUCAGCGUAUAGAACUGCCUCUGUUCUAAAAAAUAAAAAUUAUAUAUUAUAUAUAUUAUCAGAGAUGUAAAGUAGUUUCAUGCGUUUAGUGCUAUUCUCUCACAGAGAUAGGCUCAGGAAAUAUUUCUCUGAAGCGAAUAGAUAUUAUGUGUUGUAUUCUUCUUUUUGGAAGAUGUGCGAUUAGCUGUUUGUGUCAACGGUGGACAGUUUUUUUUUCUUUGAUCAUGCGACUAAAAGUUAUUAAAAUUUAUAAAUUGUAACAACAGUUGCUAAUUGGCAAUUUUAAACUUUUUUUUUUUAGAGAGAAAUCUUUCCAAGAUUGCACUGAAGGCGCUUUUUUAGUAGUAUUUAUUGGAAGCUGAGAAACAGUUUGGUCACUUUUUACUGACUUGCUUAAAACCGCCGAUUAGUUUUUCUCUUGACUGAACGCGUUUCGAAGUUUUUGAGUCUCAAAAGGAAAAGAAAAGAGGUCCUCAGAUAAUGGCAGAGAAAUUGUAAAUAUAUUUUUUAGUAUUAAGAAGAGGUGCAAAACUAGUUAAAUUUGUUACCAACGGCAGUAUCGAUAUCGAGUUCGUUUCGGAGGACUUCAGCGUAGAGAAGAAUGUAAAAAAAAUGUCUCAAUCUUCAAACCGUUUCGUGCCCAUUGAACGAAAGAUUUAGAACAUUUCAAAAUUUUCUGAAAUUGCCUUCAUUCUUGGUUUUCUUAGAAAAUCAAAAGUAUUGUAUGUAAUUGUUUAUUUUUAAAAUAUUUUUUGUAUCUUUAAAUUUUAAAUACUGCUUUAAGCUUUAGUAAUAUUUUAUAGAAGAAAUUUCGGUUGCAACCUUGCAAAUAUUAUUUUUUUUUCCUCUGGCAAGAAGUACUUCUGUGAUUCGAAGAAGAGCAUUAAAAAUGCGAAACUUGUAUUAUAUUGAUGUAGAGAUCUUCCGUCGCGCUGGAAGCGUUAGUUAAGAUUUUUUUUUUUUAACGUAAAAGAGAAAAAAUGCCAUCAAGUGACAGGACUACAAUGACAAAAUUAUCGCACCUUAUUUAUUUUAUAUCAGCAAUAAUGUAUGAUUGAGACUCGAAUGAAUGGAAUUUUAUAUAUAUAUUUAUUAUUUAUUUCAUGAAUUCUCUUAUUUUAUAAUUGUAUUGAAGAUUGUAAAUUUUGUAUUUAUGUCAGCGUAGAUAAUAUAAUUUUUAUAGAAAUAAAUUCUCAAGGCGAUACUUAAUUUAAUGGAAUAAGUGUCUUUAGCCGAAUCGUACCUCUAAUGUAAAAAGUUGUAACAUAUUUAUAAGACAAUCACGAAAAAAUUGUAAUUUUUUUUUUUUAAUCGACGGUACGGUACACGAAUUACAUUCAUCGUCGACUUUUUGUACGUGUACCAUAGGAAACUGUUUUUUUUUUUUAACACAAAGUCACUGUAUACAAUAAUUAGUUAUAAAGAGUGGUAUUUAAAAAGAAAGGGACCACAUCAAAUUUUUGAAAAUAUAUGACUUCAAUAAAUCACGAUUUUUAUAAAAUAUCUAACAAUUUU